AUGGCUGAUAAUAGAACAUUAAGGCAGUUAGCUGCACCUGAUGUGAAUUACAACGGUUUGUGUAUUGAUUAUGCUGCUGAUGCUGUUCCUUUUGAGUUAAAAUCAGGUUUAAUCCAUUUGUUGCCCAAGUUUAGUGGUCUUGCAGGUGAAGAUCCUCACAAACAUCUGAAAGAAUUUCAAGUGGUGUGUUCUACGCCACUGAAGCCUGAAGGGAUCACUGAAGAUCAUAUCAAACUUCGAGCUUUUCCUUUUUCAUUGCAGGGUGCAGCAAAGGAUUGGAUAUAUUCCCUCGAGCCAAAUUCAAUUGCAAACUGGAAUGCUCUGAAAAAAGUGUUCCUUGAGAGAUACUUUCCUGCCUCCAGAGCUGCCUCGAUAAGAAAAGAGAUAUGUGGUAUUAGACAGGGUAAUGAGUCUUUGACCGAAUAUUGGGAGAGGUUUAAACAGUUGGUAUCCAGCUGCCCUCAGCACCAGAUCACCGAGCAGCUACUCAUCCAGUACUUUUAUGAGGGGUUGUUACCGAUGGAUAGGAACAUUCUUGAUGCUGCUAGUGGUGGAGCACUUGUCGAUAAAACUCCGGCUGCUGCCAAGGCUCUAAUUGAGAAUAUGUCACUAAAUUCCCAACAGUUCACAACAAGAAAUAAUUCUGUCCAAAUAAAGGGUGUGAACGAAAUUCACGUAUCCUCUCAUGUUUCUCACUCCGACAAAGCCUUCGAAAAUAAAAUGAAUGAGCUGAAGGAUUUAGUGCAGCAGAUGAUAGUCGUAGGUAAGGCUCAAGCAACCCAACAACUUCAAACACCACCAAGGUUAUGUGGCAUUUGUACCUCUUCUGAUCAUCCUACUGAUACAUGUCCUAUUUUGCAAGAUGAUAAGCCUACUGAAUUACCUCCAGCUUAUGCUGCAGCCCUUUACAACCAAAGUAACAACCAGAACCGGUACAACAUUCCCGACCUGUCCACUAAUAAGUACCACCCGAGUUGGAGGAACCAUCCAAACCUCCGAUAUGGAAACUCACAAACGAGCCAACAACCUAACCCACCUCAAGCGGCUGCCCCUACACCUUCCGGACCUUCUUUAGAGGAACUUGUUAAACAAAUGGCCGUCAAUAACCUUCAAUCCGGAAAAGUUACAGAAUCAGCCCCUGAAAAAAAUAAAAAAAUCAUUGAGGUAACUUCUGAACUUCCUACUUCUGAACUGUCUGCUGAACCUCCUUCUCCUUCUUCUGUUGUGGUCGAAACUGAAAAAAUUAAAGAAAAAGAGCACGUACCACCAGUCCCCUUCCCACAUAGAGUUCUGAAAAAUAAGAGAAUUGAGGAGGGAGACAAAGAAAGAGAGAUAUUAGAUGUUUUCCGAAAAGUUGCGGUAAACAUCCCGUUACUUGAUGUGAUUAAGCAGGUUCCUAAGUAUGCUAAGUUUCUGAAGGAUUUGUGCACCAACAAGAGGAGGAUGAAGGGAAGUGAGAGAGUCAAUUUGGGAAGGAAUAUUUCUUCCUUUAUUCAGCCCCGACCUUCAUCUGAAAAAUUUACGGGCGAAGGGAAUGUUUCAGCCCUCACUCUUCCGGUCUUGCCACAAAAGUGCAAGGACCGGGGAACUUUUGCUAUCCCUUGUACCAUCGGAAAUAGUAAAUUCGAUGACUGCAUGCUUGAUUUAGGAGCAAGCAUUAAUGUUAUGCCUACUUCUGUUUAUAAUAACCUUUGUCUUGGUCCUUUGCAACCUACAGGCUUAAUCAUUCAGUUGGCGAACAGGAGUAACACCCGCCCUGCCGGCAUAAUCGAAGAUGUCCUUGUUCAAGUUAACGAUUUAAUUUUUCCUGCAGAUUUUUACAUUCUUGACAUGGAGGGAGAAACAAGGUCCAGCAAAGCUCCAAUCAUUUUAGGAAGACCAUUCAUGAAAACGGCAAAAACUAAAAUUGAUGUUGAUGAUGGAAGCAUGUCCAUGGAGUUUGGCGACAUUAUCGCAAAAUUUAACAUUUUUGAUGCCAUGAAACAUCCUUUGGAGGAACACUCUGUUUUUCGCAUUGAGUUGAUUUCUGAAUUAGUUGAUGACACUUUUUCUGAUUUAUUUUCUCUUGAUUUUUCAUCUGGUUUUGAUGAUGUUUAUUCAUGUUCUGAUUGUACUGACAUUAACCUUUGUGUUGUGUGUGCUGAGAUUGAUGCUGCCCUGCAGGCUGACGUAUUUCCUACAGGUGAAGCUGUCGCCGAUGAAUCUGUUUUUGUAGCUGAUGCUCUUGAUGUUCCUGCUGCCCCAAGCGCCCCAUCCAUCGAGCAGCCCCCGUCCUUAGAGCUAAAGGAGCUCCCUGAAAACCUGAAAUACGCUUACUUGGAGAGUAAUGAAAAACUCCCUGUUAUUAUUUCUUCUAACCUUGAUUUCGAUCAAGAAAACAAACUUUUGCAGGUUCUGAAGAAGCACAAAAAGGCAAUCGGGUGGACAUUAGCCGACCUUCCAGGAAUUAGUCCUUCCAUGUGUAUGCACAGAAUUUUACUUGAGGAUGGUGCGAAAACAAUAAGGCAGCCCCAAAGGAGGCUUAAUCCUUUGAUUCUCGAUGUCGUGAAGAAAGAGGUAACCAAACUCUUGCAAGCAGGUAUCAUUUACCCUAUCUCUGACAGUAAGUGGGUAAGCCCAGUGCAGGUUGUACCUAAGAAAUCUGGACUUACAGUUAUCAAAAAUGAAAAGAAUGAACUUGUUCCCACUAGAGGAAUUGUUCUUGGUCACAUAAUUUCUGAAAAAGGAAUUUCUGUUGACCCUGCUAAGAUUGAUGUGAUUUCUACACUACCUUACCCAUCUUGCAUUCGCGAGAUUCGCUCUUUUCUUGGUCAUGCAGGUUUUUACAGGCGUUUCAUCAAAGAUUUCAGCAAGAUAGCUCUUCCGCUGUCAAACUUGUUGAAGAAUGACGUCACUUUCCACUUCGAUGACAAAUGCAAACAGGCGUUUGACUUCUUGAAGAGAGCAUUGACCUCCGCUCCCAUAAUCCAGCCGCCUGACUGGACCCUCCCUUUUGAGCUUAUGUGUGACGCUUCGAAUUAUGCUGUUGGGGCUGUCCUUGCACAAAGAGUUAACAAGGCUGCCCAUGUUAUUUACUAUGCUUCUAGGACUUUAGACUCUGCACAGUCAAAUUACACUACCACUGAAAAAGAACUUCUAGCUAUUGUUUUUGCUCUUGAUAAAUUCAGAUCUUAUUUGCUAGGUUCCAAGGUUGUUGUUUUUACUGACCAUGCAGCUUUAAAAUAUUUGUUGAAGAAGCCGGAUGCAAAACCGAGAUUGAUUCGGUGGAUGUUGUUGCUCCAAGAGUUUAAUGUAGAGAUUAAAGACAAAACUGGAGCUGAGAACUUAGUGGCUGACCAUUUGAGCAGGAUAGAGAGAGAUGAAGAUCUUUUUCCUAUUCAGGAUGACUUUCCUGAUGAGCAGCUUUUAGUUUUACAUGGUAUUACACCUUGGUUUGCUGAUAUUGUUAAUUAUCUUGUUGCUGGUGUUUUUCCUACAGGUGCAUCUAGAUCACAGAUUCAUAAACUCAAAAGUGAUGCCAAAUAUUAUGUUUGGGAUGAUCCAUAUCUUUGGAAGUUUGGUAGUGAUCAAGUUAUUAGAAGAUGUGUCCCCGACUAUGAGAUUGAAUCCAUUUUAAAUUUCUCUCAUGCGUCUCAAGUCGGAGGACAUUUUGGCCCGCAAAGAACUGCAAGAAAAGUCCUCGACUCAGGCUUCUAUUGGCCAACUGUUUUUAAAGAUGCUUAUGAGACUUACCGCACUUGUAAAGAGUGCCAGAUAGCAGGUACGAACAUCACUCGCAAGAGUGAAAUGCCUCAGCAACCUAUGCUUUUCUGUGAGGUAUUCGAUGUAUGGGGAAUUGACUUCAUGGGUCCCUUUCCUGUAUCGUUUGGUUUCCUUUAUAUUCUGCUUGCUGUUGAUUAUGUCUCAAAGUGGGUAGAAGCUAUCCCCACUCAGACUAAUGAUUCUAGAGUUGUUGCAGAUUUUGUCAGGUCUAAUAUCUUUUGCAGGUUUGGAAUACCGCGAGCUAUCAUCAGUGACCAAGGCACUCAUUUCUGUAACCGCACCAUGGAAGCUUUGCUCCGAAAGUAUGGAGUUGUGCACAGAGUCUCUACUGCAUAUCACCCACAAACUAAUGGGCAAGCUGAGAUCUCAAACAGGGAGAUCAAACAGAUUUUAGAGAAAAUGGUGCAACCAAACAGGAAGGACUGGAGUCGUCGUCUAGAAGACGCACUUUGGGCUCAGAGAACAGCUUUCAAGACACCCAUUGGGAUGUCUCCUUAUCGACUUGUUUUUGGUAAGGCAUGUCAUCUUCCUGUUGAGAUAGAACACCGUGCCUAUUGGGCGGUGAAAAGUUGUAAUUUGGAGAUGCAACAAGCAGGUAUUGAAAGAAAACUCCAAUUACAACAGUUGGAAGAGCUUAGAUUAGAGGCUUAUGAAAGCUCUAGAAUUUAUAAAGAAAAAACUAAGCACUUCCAUGAUAAAAUGAUUUCUAGGAAAGAGUUUUCUGUGGGCCAACAGGUUUUAUUGUUUAAUUCCCGCCUUAAGCUUAUGGCUGGGAAACUUCGAUCCAAAUGGAUUGGCCCUUUCGUUGUUACUAAUGUUUUCCCUCAUGGUGCAGUAGAAAUUAAAAGUACAGGUACUGACAAAGUCUUUAAGGUUAACGGGCAGCGUCUGAAGUUAUUCUAUGGAGGUUCGGUGCCUGAAGAUGUCGGUAUAGAGGAGCUUUCUUUGGAAGCGCCUAACUACACUGCAACUUGA